AUGGCCUCCAAACUCCUCGCCACGACGCUCGCUUUCGCCGCCACGGCCUUGGCCGGGAGUAAGCACCAGCCACUGACAUUCAGGAAUGAUGGAACUUUCAAAAUCUCAAUCCUCGAGGACCUUCAUUACGGCGAAGCCGAGUCCUCCUGGGGGGCGUUGCAGGACUCACUCACCACUCGCACCGUGGCGUAUCUCCUCGAGGCCGAGCCAAACCCGGACCUCGUCGUCAUCAACGGAGACUUGCUGUCACGCGACGCCAUCUAUCCUAACUCCACCAACUACGUCGACCAGAUCCUCUCCCCCUUGCUCGAGCGCAACCUGACGUGGGCGUCGCUGCACGGCAACCACGACGCCGGCUUCAACCGCUCCGUGGAGGACCUUUUCGCCGCCGAGGCGCGUCACCCGGGCUCCCGCACGCGCUUCAUGCCGCCCGGCCUCGACCCGCAGCAGGUCGGCGUGACAAACUACUACCUGCCCGUCUUCGGCGCCGACUGUCCCACCGGCUGCGGCUGCGCGCCGGAGCUGCUGCUCUGGUUCUUCGACUCGCGCGGCGGGUUCGCCUACCAGCAGCUCGACGCCAAGGGCGCGCGGGUGCCCUGGCCGAACUGGGUCGACGACCGCGUCGUCGCAUGGUUCGAGGCCGAGAGCGCGCGGAUCACGCGGAAGUUCGGCAAGGUGAUCCCCGCCGUCACCUUCGUGCACAUCCCCGUGCACGCCUUCACCGCCAUCACCGAGGGCCCUGGGCUCGACCCGCAGCGCAACCCGGGCAUCAACGACCUGGCGUCGACGGCGCAGGCCAACGGGUGGUGCGCAGACGGCAGCAAGAACAGCUCCUGUGCGCAUGGCGGGCAGGAUAUUCCCUUCAUGCGGGCCAUCAGCAACGCGCCGGGGAUGCUGGGCAUGUUCUCGGCGCACAUCCACGGCACGUCGUGGUGCUACAAGUGGACGGCCGAGUCGCUGCCGGGGUACGUGGUGACGCCCAAGAAAGAGGGGCUGAAUAUCUGCUACGGCCAGCACACUGGCUAUGGGGGCUUCGGUGAUUGGGAGAGGGGCGCUCGGCAGGUAGUUGUGAGCCGAGAGGGGAUGGCGAAGGGAGAGCUGAACACCUGGAUCAGACUUGAGUCGGGUGAGGUGGUGGGUAAGGUAAGCCUGAAUGCGACGUACGGUCAGGAUAUCUAUCCUGCGUCCCCGAACAGGAAAACUUAUUGCAAAGAAUGCGGUGAUGUUGAGGCACCGGCGUCCUGA